AAUUUUUCCCGAUAAGUUGUUGAAGUAAAGUAGUAUUAUUAUGUUAUUUAAUUAGGUAUCUUUCGGUAAAUUAAUUUAAAAAAUUACUCUUAUGAUUUUUAUUUGGAUAUUUGAUACUUCAAAAUAUUCGACACGAUUGUAGUAAUUGUAAUAGCUUUUUAGUAUUUAUGAUUGUGAUGACGACCUAACAACAAUUUGAAUCACAAUGUAGUGUAGUGUAUGAGGAAGUAUGAGUGUGGUGCGGACUUACAGAUAGGUGUUCAUUUUAAAAUUCAAUAAAUCGUAGGAUUACUCAUAAUCAAAAUGGCAGAAAAUGGACCAUUUGUCGCAAAGCCGGCGAGAGGAUGGCUACAUCCAGAUUCUGUGUUAGCUAGCGAUGGCAUAACUUACGCAGUGCGGUACAUAGGAUCUAUGGAAAUUCUUACCUCUAUGAAAAAGCUGGAUUUUGAGACGAGGUCGCAAGUUGCCAAAGAGUGUAUUGCAAGGGUAUGUGCUGCCGCUGGUUUAAGAUCAGCAGACAAGAAGCGACGGGUCAGUCAAGCAGCAGCGUGUGCCCUGGCUCCAAGACCCAGGAUGUCCCAUUCUGGUUCCAAUGUUGCCCUAACUGUGUCUUCUCGAGCCAUCACAUUAGCUGCACUUGAAGGUGGAGAAACCAUUGCAAGGCAUGACAUGCCUAGGGUAUCUUUUGCAUCUGGUGGAGAUCAGGAUUCUUUAGACUUUGUGGCUUAUGUUGCCAAGUCCGCACCACCCACUGAGUGGAGAGCUUGUUAUGUGCUGGAGUGUGGAGGCAGGCUUGCACAGGAUGUUAUAGCCACUAUUGGACAAGCCUUUGAGCUUAGAUUUAAAGAAUUUCUAACCAAACCCAAUUCAUUAAAUAUAAACGGCUCCCACCCCCCGAGCUCGGAGGCGGGCGACGUGUCCUCGUUCGAGUACCGCGAGUACUACAACGACAUGCCUGACAAGAUCCCUCCCGACCUCGCGCGGCCCGUGACACACCACAGACAUCCACCGCCGCCCCCGCUCGCCUCUCUACCACCAAUCUCUUCCUGCGAGGAGAGCGUCCGUCACUACGUCAACCAGACCCCUCCUCCGCGCACUCCGCCCACCGCGUUGCUACCCAACCAGCACACAGACAUCUUCGACAUGCAACCAUUCACUGCGGCACCGAUGACGUCAUCUGCGGCUGUCGCCCCUCCGGUUGAGUGUGAGCAGCCCCCGGCGGCGGGUGGACAAGGUGCCUUAUUGGCGCGGGAACCUUGGUUCCAUGGAGUUAUAUCCCGAAGCGCUGCUGAGAGGCUGGUGGUGGAAGAUGGAGAGUUCCUGGUGCGGGAGUCAAGCGCGUGCCCCGGCCAGUUCGUGCUGACGGGCGCCAGGAAGGGACAGCACAAACAUUUGCUGUUGGUCGACCCCAAUGGCGUGGUCCGAACAAAAGAUCGCGUGUUCGACAGCGUGCCUCACCUCAUCAAGUACCACUGCACCAACGAGCUGCCCAUCGUGUCUGCGGACUCUGCUCUGCUGCUGCGGAAACCGGUGCCUCGACCCGCCUCCUGAGCCCCUCCUCUCUGACGUCACCAACCCGAGCCUCUAUCAUUUUGAGCUCAGGGUCUGAUGUCACCAACCAUGAAACUUUUUUAAAUAAGUGUUGGAACGGGCAAUCUAACCCGUUAACAAUCAUUUCUAUCUUAUCAGCCCAAUACAUUGGCAAUAUCCGAUAAAACUCCACAUUACAGAACAAGUGAACUGUUAUUUUGCAACAUUACUCCUCUGGACGAAGACUGUUUAUUACUAUACAGUAGUUCUUAUACUAGUUAGUGACUACUGAACCCUGAUUUCACCAAUUCGUGUGCAAACCUAUCCUCUGACCCCAGUAAGAGAUUAGGAGCUCGUGUUAGCAAUGAAUGAGUCACUUAGUCAAUCCAUAAUAUGACUUCAAAACUACAACCAAAAGAGUAUUCGACUGGAGUAAGGAUAUGAAAGUAAAGUAAAAAUACAAUCUUAGGUGUGGACAUCGCUUCAAGGUGAAUUUUGUCUAUACCUGCGCAUUAAUUCGCAAACCGCUCAAGAUCAGUGCUAGAACCAAUGCGAAUUUAUUUUAUUCAAUUUACGUCUCCUUAUGGUUCCAUAACAUAUAACUUCAUUAAUGUUUUAAUUAAUUAUAAACAUUUACUGUCACACCAUUAUAAUGACAUAAUAUUACUGUUAGUACAUUAAGGUAAAUAAUAUUAUAUAAAUAAAUUGUAUGUUAGUAGUUAAAAUCGACUUAUAAUCGAUAUUUUUUGUAAAAUUGUAGAUUGUAAUUAUUGUAAAUAUCUUAUAAACAAUUUGUAAUCUCAGUGCAGUACCAUAUAGGACCAAUAUGAUAGCAUUUACAUAUAAAUUAAUUAAGCUAUAUCCAAAUUAUAAGGUGAUAUGUUGUUAAUUAUCCAAAUAAUUAUAAAUUAUAAGGUGUCUGUCCACUACCCCAUGACGCAUGCCUAUAUUACUUUAAAUCUGAGUAUACUAUCUGUGAAGGUUAUUAUAAAAUAAUCUGAUCAUAGAAAUCGGUAAUAAACUUUCUUGUAUAAAAUGUUGUAAUAUAUUCAAUUUUAAGAUCGUAAACAUAAUAUGAAUUUUUUCAUCUCGCACGUCUAAGAACUGAGUUUGUACUAUACAUUUUAUAAAUUCUUUUCUCUCAAUGUAUCCUCGGAGGGUGUGGAGUGAGCUUCCUUGUGCGGUGUUUCCAGGACGCUAUAUCAUACCUACCUUAAAAAAAAGUGCGUAGACAUUUUUAAAAACCCGGUAACGAUCAUGUGAUUCCUCUGGUGUUGCGAGGUAAUGUGGGCGGCGGUUAUCACUUAACAUGAACCCGUACUCUCGUUUGUCCUCUCUUGCAUAAAAAACCACUCAAAAUGUAUGCACCUCGGCAAUGUUCUACUCAAUAUUUCUUUCAUGUGUGACGGAAACUGCAUUCUAAUGUGCAUGUAUAAGUCUGUGUUCUGAUCAACUUAAUUUCCUGGUACUCAAUGCCACAAACUGAAUUCCACCUAACCUGGAUGUAUGAUAUUAAUCCCCAAGUUCUCAAGGUAUAUCCUUCCUCUAAUGACUACAACGAUGCGAGAUCACUACGUAAAAAGUUCCGAGUACAGGAGUAAAGGACGGCAACAUAAUUAUAAAUUAUGUACAUAAUUUCUUUGAAACAUUUUCAAUCAAGUGACCACGGUCAAAAAUCGAGCCGUACUCUGUAAAUAAACCGUAAUUAAAGAGUCAUUUUGACUAGAUGACUGUGUAGAAUCACCAGAUAUUUAUAGUAUUAGUUGUAAUCCCACGUUCUUAUUAUAAUAUUGCAUUAUUGAAACAAAACAUCUGAUAGGAUCUCAGUACGAUAUGUGAUAGUGGGCGAACACCUUUAUGAUAAUAAGUAUACUGUAUAAAAUGUUAGCGUUAUUUGUAAAUUUUUGCUAUUGUGUAUUAUGUAUUAAGUACACCACUUUCUUUAAACGACCUAAAAGUUUAAUUGUAGAUGAUCGUGAUGUAGGCUUAUUUAACUUUAAUAAACAACAAAAUCGUUUUUUUUUUAUUAAUUGUCACAAAAAAUAUAUUUGGAUACUUUAUAUUUGUAGGUAAUAUUAUAAAUAGAUUAGUGUAAGCUUGCGAAAGUUAUAAACGAUUGUAUUUAAUCGAAAGUGUGAUACUAAUACAAGCCGUACGUACGUAUCUUGAGCGGUGUCGUGUUGAAUACGCCAAAUGUAAAAAUAUAAUGUUAAGUGUGGACAUCGCUUGUAGUCUACAAUCGGGAUUCGCAGCCAGUUAAUGUGUAAUGUAAAAUCGUUGUACUUUUGGCUGUACCUGCGUGUUAAUUCGCACACCGCUCAAGAUCAGUGCUAGAACCUAUGCGAAUUUAUAUUAUUCAUGUUUCAUCGCCUUAUGGUUCCAUAACAUAUAACUUCAUACUGUUUUAAUUAAUUAUAAACAUUUACUGUCACACCAUUAUAAUAUAAUAUUACUGUUAGUACCUUAAGGUAAAUAAUAUUAAAUAAAUUGUAUGUAGAAAGAAUACUUUAGUUAGAAUCGACUUAUAAUCGACAUUUUUUUGUAAAAUUGUAGAAUGUAAUUAUUGUAAAUAUCUAAUAAGCAGAGGGUAAUCUCAGUACAGUACCAUAUAGGACCAAUAUGAUAGCAUUUACAUAUAAAUUAAUUAAGCUAUUUCCAAAUUAUAAGGUGUCUGUCCACUACCCCAUGACGCAUGCCUAUAUUACGUAAAGGCUGUUUGUUUUAAAAUACAAUCUGACUAUAAUAGUUGAAUAUAAAGUAAAAUAUAAGUUGCUAUAUAAAGGUAUAUAUAGUUUAAUAUUUAUUAUUUGUAAGAAUUCAUCAAUUAUUGUCAAUCUUGGAGGGAAAAUGUUGAUAUAUUAGAUAUUACAGAUUACAGGAGUAAAGCAACAAUCGAUAUAUUAUAUAUUAUUAUCGAAACUGCACUACUCUUGUGUAUGUGCGCCCGCUUCGUUACAAGAUUUAGCGAUGUGUGUGCAGUGUGAUAUAUCUAUGUUUGUGUUUGAACGAAAGUAUACGUGCUAUUUUGAUACUAAAAAAAUUGUGGCGUAAGAUUUACUGACAAAUAAAUCUUAAAUAUUCCUAAGGAAAAGGAAUUGGAUACUAAAGUAAAUCGUUUGAGUACAUUCAGUACACCACUAAAAUAUAAUAAGUACAGGGCAGAGUAACUACAGUGUUGAUGUUACAUCCCCGAUAUGAUGGUUGAAUACGUGUAUCUCGAGUUCAGCUGCUGUACUGUUCACGCAAUAAGGCUGAGAUCUAUAGUGUACUACGUACUCAGAUUUUAGUUCAGUUGAGUUGAAGGUUGGCAUUAAGGCUUAGCUUGAUAUUAAGCCGAGCUUUUAAGCUCAACGCAAAGCACCUUAAGGUAAGACAACCCAAUGCAAAAGCCAAGUUCACGUUUUUAUCACACUCAGCUAACACUCACACUAAAUCACACUUAUGAAUGUACGAGCAUAUUGUGUUGGAUCACACAGCUCGCAAUGUUUAAUUUUUAUUCUGAAGUAUUAGCAAUUAUUGCUGUAGCCUUAGACAAAAUUAAUUGGGACAAAUAAAAUACAAACAUAAAUAUAUUAAAAUGGAGAAUAAAUACAGUAUUUGCUAUAUGCAGCGAUGUGAAAAAAUCGUCUUGUUCCUUCCGACUUCUUCCAUUAAGUACGUUAUGAAUGCGAUCACGGUACGACAUGCGAUAGUGGACGAACACCUUAAUACAUUAAAUACACCAGAGAGUGUUUUGUAUAGAAUAUGAGCGUAAUUCAACGAUUUUUAGUAUAUACCCGUUUUUAGCAUUUAAUCUUGUAGCUGUCGUUAUUAUUAAAAUGAAACUUACUGUGACGUAAAAGCUUAAUUGUAGUCGUUGUAUAGGAUUAUUAAACUUGGACAACACUAUCUUGUCUUCUUACUACUUGUACAUAUUCUUAUAUAAACAAAGUAUUUUAGGCUACUCGAUACAAUGUGCUGUUCGUAAUCUAAUAUAUAAAAUUCUCGUGUCAUGGUGUUAAACAUUGAACUCCUCCGAAACGGCUUGAACGAUUCUCAUGAAAUUUUGAGUACAUAUUGGGUAGGUCUGAGAAUCGGACAACAUCUAUUUUGCAUCCCCCUAAAUGUUAAGGAUGGUCCACACGAAUUUUUAUUUUUUUGAUAUUUUUUUUAAUUUGUUUGAUUAUGAGUCAGCAUUAAAAAAUACAUACAACUUCAAAUUUUCACUCAUCUACGAUCAACAGUUACUUUUGUAUCGCGAUUUUAAUAUCGGCAAUACAACGUUUGCUGGGUCAACUAGUAUUGUUAUAUAAGCUUAAUGAUAUACUAUUAGGUAUUAUUACUUAGUGGAAGCUUCCGAAAGUUAUAAACGAUUGUAUUUUAUAAAAUUUUUGAAACGAACACAGUCUCCAGCACGUAUCUUAUAGUGUGAGUGGUAGGUACCAUUAACAAAAUUUAUUAAUGACCCACUUUGUUGAUAAUUCUUUUAUAAUCAUAACAAACAGUAAGGUUUAUAUUUGCACAAAAAAUAUUGUAUGACAAUUAGAAUAAGGAUGUCUAAAGAAGUUGUGCCAAUAAGAAAGAAACGUUUAACUCGCAAUAUUCAUGUAUUAUUCAUUCCAUUGCUGUAUUUUAUGUGCUUUUGCUAUGUUUGUGUGUAACUAUAGGUGCUACUUUAUUACUUAAAAUUUAAAUAUUAGUGAUCUAAGGAGAGAUUUACUGGAAAAUAGGACUUGAUGAAAUACUAAAUGCUUAAAACUUAGAAACCUUUAGGUUUAUUUCUAUAUUAAAUGACUUCCAUCUAUCUGACAUAUUAUAUACAUACAGGGCAGAAUAUGUUAAUUUCCUACAGCCUGGACAUAGUGGCGGGCUUCGUAUCAAAUCGGCCAAUCUUAUCAAAUCUUUCAUGCAAGCUCUCUUAUUCUUGUUUCCCUACCGAAUCCGCUUUCGAGGUUAAAAGUUGUCUUAUGACAUGUCGUUUAAUACUUAAGUUAAUAAGGGCGCGGAAUUUGCAGCUUUCCCUGAGGCGUAUUUACUAUUUAGUGUAAAGUGAAAAGAAAACAUGUGUACUUAUGUAUGCACGCAAGAAGUUACUUCUUUGGCCUAACAAAGCAAAAAUCCUUAAAAUUAUUUAUUCCUCCUGCUAUUCUACGUUUGUAGAAAGAACAAUGUUGAAAAAAUCGGUGCAAUUAUUGUUUUGACAAUUAAUUAUUAAAUAACGAAUACGGCUGUAUGGGCUUGAACCCUUUGCCUGUCCUAAUAAUGGAUGAAGAAAGCAAAAAAAGUAACGAAUGUCGCAAACGUCAGAAAAUUUUAGGAACCAACUUCACCCUGUUACUUUUGUGUUACAGUGAUGCACGCGCAUCUUUAAAUUUCACUCUCACCAUUUUUUCAUAACGCGUCUAAAGAAGUGUAACUUCAAAAUAUGCAAGAAAAGGAGAAUCUGCACGAAAGAUUAUUUGAAGAAUCGUAACAAUUCAAAUUCGAAUUGAUCGAAACAAAAUGCCCAUGUUGUAAUUUUAUCUUCUGCCAUAAACAAAAAAAAAUUGUAAACAACUGAAUUAUCGAAUGUUUGACAUUUGUAAUCGGUAUUAUUAGUCGUUAAUUGUUUCAGAAUCUUUUAGAGGAUUCAUAUUUUGGGUGUAGAUAAAGUCUUGUAUGCAACUGUUGAUAAUUAGGUAUUAAAACACUCAUGUGAUACUAUUAUCACACUCGGCUUCGCCUCGUGAGAUAAAUCCACAUUCGUGUUUUAAUACCCCUUAUUACACAACAGUUGCAUAAAUAACUAAUGCACGGUGACGAAUGGACACACCUGUACAACUAAAUUGAUGUUAACAGUCUUUACUUACCGGUAGUGCAUAUAUUUGUAGUAAAUGUCUUGGUGUACUAGUACUCAAGUAAAAUAUGUGGUCUGGUUGGGAGAGGGGAUAUGCCAAGAUUGAUUGCACUUAUUACAAUUAAUAUAUCAACUAUCUUUUAGAUGUAAUGUGUAUGUAUAGCUUCACUUUAAAUUGAUAAUAAUAUAUUAUGAAAUACAUACUCAGAAAUAUAUUCCGUCUUCAUUCAAAAUGUUGUGAAUUGAUUAUGUAUCGAGCGACCUCAUUGAUGAUAAUUGAUUAUGUAUCAUACUGCUUUUACUGAACUUAUUUUACAUUCUAAUAGAUGCUUGUCUUAAACGUUGCUAUAUAUUACUAUAAUUUUAUUUAGUGAGCAUUUAUAUCAUGUGAUUAUAGAAAUAAUGAAUAUAAUUGAUAUACUGAA